AUGCAGAAGGAAAGGCUGAGUAGGACCCCUACAGCUCAGCUGGACCGCCCCUUUACGAAUCCAUCUUUAUCCCUGCAGAGAAGAUACACCACCGCUCUCGCCUCUCAUAAACAAUCGAAUCCAGACUACCAUUCUGAAGCUUUUGCCCCUAAGCAAUCUCAUCGCGCUGAAGACUUUCGGAAACUCGAACAGCCUCUUGCCGAUGAACUCACUAGUGCCUCUACUGCACCCUCAGAGACUGCCAAACGACCUGCUCCAUACUCUGAUUCGGAAAAGCCACAGAUCAGUAUUAGGACAUCUUACCAAUCUAUUUCAAUCCCCAUUCCUGAGGAUAUCCAGCUCCCGAUCGUGGCAACCAUCCAUGCUGCCGGCUCGUUCGACGCGCAAAUGUCAAGCACCAUUGUGGAAGAGGGUAGUGAGGCUGGUAGCAACACCGGCGCCACUCCCCGGCCUCGGCGGACGCAGCGUCGAGCAACAGUCUCUGGACAGUCUACUGAUACGACAACGCGAGACAGCGAAAGUCAAGAUGUCUCUUCCGGGUUGAUACUGCCCUUCCUUGCAAGGAUUAGCAGGGGUCGCCUCAACGUCUCCGAAGCUAGUAUUCCUGCCCCCAGAAGUUCGGAAAUCAUGGCACAUGGACAAGUCUUUACACCUACGCACGAACAUUUCAAGGAAUUGGUGAUGGAUGUUGAUCAAGCACAGCCUGAAAUGUAUGUGGAUCAAACACAGCCUGAGGAACGUGGCGCGUUCGCCGAUCCUGAACAGAAUGCUCAUUCCGACGAGACAAUCACAGUCAUUGCAAUCAAAGGAAGGAAAGCCUCCACUGGGGCGGAGGACGAGGCACCUUUUCCCAAAUUGACCGAACCUGCCACCACAGAUGUAACGGCCACUCCAGCAGACCUCACAUCAGAUCCGGAUAGCGCUCGAACCCAGAUUGCGAACAUCCUGCCAAACAUUGAGUCUCUAGGGCCUCUAGGUGUACCGCAUAUCAGAGUGCAUAGACCGAGCGGAACAAUCAUGCCACCUUCUUUCGAAACGUCGGCCGUCAACAGCGACGAAGUCCCGGCCACCCCUGUGCAGUCUCUAGCACAGUCUCCUGCAGGAGCCACGACAAUCUCUCCGGAAGCGAUUGACAGCAUCACAGCUGCAGGAGCGCUACUCAGAAACGGCCCAGUGGAUGCUCCGACAAACAGCAUUGCUGAUCGCCCCAACGAUGCCUCAACCACACAGGGCCCGGUCGAAGAACCCAACGAGGGUCCGAGAGAAGAGUCCAAUGGGGGCCCGGGUGAAGAGCGCACUGGGGUCCCCGGUGAAGAGCCUAAUGGGGGUCCGGGUGAAGAGCCCGGUGAGAGAUGGUCGCCAAAAUCUAGGAAGCGUAGCAGACGGAAGAGAAUGUUACGCAAAGCCAGAAAGAUUGUUAUCCGGAAGAGCGUUCUCAAGAUCAUGCUGGGCCGAGAGCUGGCCAAUGAUGUCCAUCCACGGCUCAACCGAGUCAACUCUAGCGUUGCAGCUACUCCUCAGUCUCUAGACGGCGCAAGUGAUCUUCCGUCAGCCUCACCAAUGCGAGAUGAGCGCAGGCGAGAUGCUCGGCAAAGGCAGCUGGAUAGAAAAGUCGUCGUCGCCAGAGUUCAUGCACGAGCUGAAGGACUCGAAAGAUGUCCGAGUUGUCAUGGGCCUACUAAGACCGCAUGUCUCCAUCGGUUUCACCGACUGGAACUCAAAUGUGACAGGCCAGACAUGAGUGUCGUACAAAGACAUGCAGCCGCAUCGGCCAAGGUGGCAACGGUCCAAUGUGAAUGCCUCCAUUGA